UAUUACAAAAUAACAAGACAAAGUUUUUAUGGGGUAAAGUAAGUUAUUUUGUGUUUGGUUUUUUUCUCCUCCUAAUUUUUUGGCAGUUUUGUGUGAGUUUUCUGGAGAAGAAUUUGCAAAAAAUGCUCAUUUCCACAUUUAAUUGUGUCCCAAUAAGUGUUUUUAGUGAGAUAUUUUCGCAUCAUCAGGAGAUGAAUUAACAUGGGGCUUGCUGCACACAAUUUUCUAUUUCGUAUCAUCUUUGGCUACAGCUAGAGAUUCCAGUUGAAGCACAUAAAAUAAUAAACCAGAUUUUCACACCGAUAGACCAUCACAAAACAGCUAAAAUAAAAAAAAAUUUUUUGGUAAAAUAAAUUGAACACCAAAAGACACAAAUGGACAAUCAAGAGAGUAUUUCAUCAGCACGUAGUCUACCCCAGUGGAUGCGUACAAGAAUGGAUAAUAGAAUUGACGCAACGGAUAUUCCAUUCUCACCACCAACUCACGAUGAAUCAUUCUUCUACGUUCGCUAUCCGGCAGCAGAGAAGAAGCGUCAAGGGGAAUUGAGUCAGCAAUUGAAGACAGCCCUUGAGGAUGCCGGUGGAAUGAGUAGUGUGACGCGUACACAGGAUUUUUCCAAGCAUACAGAUCAGUGCAAGAUGUUCCUCGAUGGGGCUAAUCAGAGUGCCAAGUCCAUGGGGACACAGCUGAGACCACAUGGUACUGAUGAUGGUUUCAAGGGUGCCGGGGCGGCAUGUGGAAGCUCCAUUGUCCGUAUGGCCCAGACAAUGGUUAAAACAAGACCAUUCACACGUGGAUUCACCGUUGCAAAUUUCGAAGAAGCAUCUCCAGACGCAGAUUUUCCCGCGAUUAAUCCCGAAGAGGAUUUUGCAAUUGCCAAUUCCAUACAAAAUAAAAUGAGACGUGGCUCAAAGUCACUUCCCGCCUCACCAAUGGGAUCACCCAAGACAGCACGGAAAAUGAAUCAGAAUCCCUACUUUACGACAAAUCAAACAACACUCAUGAUUGGAGAUCAAAAGAAGUGGAAUUUGUCAGAUUUCCUGGGUUUGCAGCGGAAGACGGCGCUCUCAACGCAAUCAGUGGUGUCACAAAUUGAUGAGAAUGCUGAGGAAGCAUUGGAGAUGGACAGUAAAUUCACAAAUCUGGAUCAAGAUAGACUAGAUGGAAAUAAUCAGGGCAAGAACACAGAGCCACCGACAGUAUUGAAGGCAAAACCAUCUGAAUUGCGUGAAAUGAAUUUUUGGUCACCGACCUCAAUGUAGACAUUAACACACAAAAAGAACAGAAAAAAAGAAAAUUCUCUUCUAACUCUCUUUCUUGUCAGACACGACGAUGUAUGUACUUUUUUUUAGACCUCUAGAAAGAAGAUUUCUCUAAUUGUCCUUCAAUAUUGGAAAAUCUAACUCUUCCUUCUGUUUUUUUUUUAGAUUGAAUUUAUUAGCUUUGUAAAAUUUUUCAUUCCCUACUAAGUAGAAAAGAAAAAGUCAAUAAAAUAUUGGUUUUCACGUGAGAAAUGUACGAUUUUGCAAUAAGAUUUAAUACUUUCUUUGAAUAAAGACUUCUUUUUUUUUAUUUUGAGUUAAUUUUGUAAUUAAAUUGAAUUUACUUUUCCUUCCAUAUGGUUGAAAGUUCUUAAUUUGUACUAUUUUAUUUUCUGAUAAUGCAGAAUAUUUAGGAAAUUCAAUGUUGAAUUAGAUGCAAAAAGAAUUUAAAUAUGUUAUGGAGAUUGAGUAAAAGUUAAAAGUUUUUGGAGAAUGAAUUGCACGAAUUAUUUUUUUUUAUAAAUUACUUUUAGUGCAGAAGAAUAUUCGAUUUUUUAUUUUUCUCUAAAAUAAAAACUUUUUAAAAAGAAUGAUCUUUUGUUGUAAAAAAAAAAUUAGGCAAAGCAUUUUGCCUUAUUUUCUGCUAAAUUUAAAACUCAAAAUUAAAGCGAAAGAUUGUUUUAGCAAUCGAACAUUUCGCACUUGAAAACCUCAACUUAUAUAGACGUAAGGUAAUAAAUUCUUCCAAUGUAAAUUUUUCCUUUUUUUUGUUGAAUAUAUUUCUUGUUUUGUAUACGAAUCUAUAUUUUUUUUUAUUAUCAACAACAUGAAAGAUAAGGCAAAGGUGUACGUACGUAUUCUGGGCGAGGAAGUGUGAGACAAAGAUAUUUUUAUCACACAGAAAUCUCCCAAAAAAAAAUUCUCAAUAAACUUAGGAAAAAAGACAGCAGAGCGUGAAGAACAACAAAAUUGUUUUGAUGAUAGAGCAGAAAAGAAGAAAGGUAUAUGAAGAACGAUUAAUUAAAACGCUUUUGUAUUCAUUUUUCUUCUAUUUUUUUUCAUUUGAAAUUUAAUAAAAAUAAAUCCUGUGAAAAUCAACACA